AUGGCAGAUGUUACAGUUGAUAAAUUCAUCGCAAACCGAAAACCCGAGGCCAACGAAUGCGACGUGCCCUGCCUUUUCUACACCUCGAAACUCACUGGAGCGGCAGAAAGGCUGGCCAACUUUGUUCUGAAGGAGGUACUUUUGACGGGGGCUGCGGAAGGACCGCGCAAGUAUCAAACUAUCUGGGUACGCCUCGCUAAGUAG